AUGGCUUUAGCUACAAGAAAGUUAAUAAAUUUAAGGAUUUUCAAUAAAUAUAACAAGCUCUGGUACACUACGCAUACUAAAAUACACUUUACACCAUGGAAGAAUUCUCAUAUAAGUAUAAAAGUAAAAACAGAAAAUUAUUUAAAUUCAAAAUGGUUACACACUACAAGUAACGUUUACAAAACCGUAGCGUUUAAUUUAUCUGAUAUAGGAGAAGGAAUAAGAGAAGUUGUUAUCAAGGAAUGGUUCGUUAAAGUUGGUGACACAGUUCAGCAAUUUGACAAUAUAUGUGAAGUUCAAAGCGAUAAAGCUGCAGUGACAAUUACUAGUCGAUACGAUGGAGUGGUCACACGACUUUAUCAUAAAGUAGACGAAACUGCUUUAGUUGGACAACCUCUAGUCGAUAUUGAAUGUGAACGUUCUGGAGAUGAAGAAACUUCUUCAGGAAAGGUAGAUGAAGAAACAACUAAAAUUAUCUCUGCAAUAGGAAAAGAAGAAAGUCAAAGAAUAAAAGUUUUGACUACGCCAGCCGUUAGAAGAAUCGCAGCACAAUUUAAAGUAGAUUUAAGCACGGUAAACGCUACAGGAAGAAAUGGAAGGGUUCUGAAAGAAGAUGUACUGUCUCAUCUUAAUAUAAGUUCAGAUAAGUCUAAUAUCGUGCCAGAUCGAGAAUUAUCAGCAGAAGUGACAUCUACACCGACGACGACACCUGCCGCGAGAACCGAAAUUCUUUUAGAAGACAAAGUGGUACGGGUUUCAGGAUUUACAAAAGCUAUGGUCAAAUCUAUGACAGAAGCUAUGAAAAUACCUCACUUUGUAUUCAGCGAUGAAUACGAUGUAACGAAAUUGGUACAAUCAAGAAAUAAUCUUAAAGAACUGGCUAUGAAUCAAGGAGUCAAACUAACCUAUAUGCCAAUUAUAAUAAAAGCAGCAUCCGAAAGUUUAAAGCUGUUUCCCAUAAUAAAUAGUAGCCUAGAUGAUAAUUGUGAAAAUAUAAUUUAUAAAGCUAGUCAUAAUAUAGGUGUUGCUAUGGCCACGCCUAAUGGUUUAGUUGUUCCUGUAAUUAAGAAUGUUCAAAUGAAAAGUAUAAUUGAAAUAGCCAGAGAAUUGAACACUUUGCAAGAGAAAGGGUCAAAAGGUCAACUUGGGCUUGGCGAAAUAACGGGUGGGACGUUCACUAUAUCAAAUAUUGGCAUUGUUGGAGGUACCUAUACGAAACCGGUGAUAUUUCCGCCCCAAGUAUCAAUUGGUGCUCUUGGGAAAAUUCAGGUAUUGCCGAGAUUUGACUCCGAAGGCAAUGUUGUGAAAGCUCAUAUAUUAUCCGUGAGCUGGUCAGCCGACCAUAGAGUGAUUGAUGGAGUUACAAUGGCAAGAUUCUCAAACCAACUUAAAGAAUAUCUCGAAGACCCAUAUAGAUUACUUUUAAAUAUA